AUGAGAAAAAGAAUGAACAAAGAAACAGUUACCUCGUUUUUCCUAUUUUUUAACAUAUGUUGUUCUAUAUGUAUUGUACUCUUAAAUAAGUGGGUAUAUGUCCACGUAGGUUUCCCUAAUAUCACUUUAACUUUUCUGCAUUUCGUUGUUACUUACAUCGGCUUGGAAGUAUGUAGAAGAUGCAGUGUUUUCGUAAAAAAGUCUCUGCAGGUUAAGGACAUUAUUUCGGUAGCUAUAACAUUUUGCGGGUUUGUGGUUUUUACGAAUCUUAGCUUGCAGCAUAACACUGUAGGUACUUUUCAAAUCGCUAAAUCAUUGACGACGCCUUUCAUCAUUAUCUUGCAAAUGAUGUUAUAUGGGAAAAAGUUUUCUGUGCGCGUGAAGUUGACGCUGAUUCCAAUAACAGUCGGUGUUUUCCUGAAUUUUUAUUAUGAUCUGCAGUUCAGUUUCUUAGGGACGGUGUACGCUUCUGUGGCUGUGGUUGUAACGUCAUUUUAUCAAGUGCUUGUCAGUAAAAAGCAGCAGGACUUGCAAGUGGAUCCUAUGCAACUUCUGUACUACCAAGCUCCAAUAUCAUCAUUGAUACUACUUAUACUUUUACCAUUCAUUGAACCAGUAGUGUUCACAAUAUCCCACAACUGGAGAACUGCAGAUGUUUGCAUGAUACUUGCAUCAUGUUGCAUUGCCUUUUUUGUAAACAUCUCAAUAUACUGGAUCAUUGGAAACACUUCACCACUGACAUACAACAUGGUUGGACACCUUAAAUUUUGUGUCACCAUGCUAGGUGGUGUACUGUUGUUUGAAGAUCCUCUUCAUAUUAAUCAGGGUGUUGGUAUUUUGCUCACAGUUAUUGGGAUAACUUCUUAUGCACAUGUGAAGGUUACUGAGCUGAGACCAGUGCCCAAAACAGUAGAAGAAGGUUUCCAAAUACUCCCUGGUGGUAGGAUUAGCUAGUUUUGUUUCUGCAAGCUGAGCACUGGUUAAUGUGGCUGAAACCUUUCCAGUCUCGUCAUCAUCUUCAUCCUACAGACAGACAAUUUUUCUCAUCUAGGAACUCGUGCUCAUCUUGUGUCAAAAUGCAGCAUUUGUAUUCUAAAAGAGAAAAUGAUAUUGGUAUAUUGCAACAUUCUUAUCACCGCAGUAGUUCAGUGAUAAUUUAAGAAAGAAUUAUUGGCAUGUAAAACAGUAAAUGCACAUUUGUUCUGUAUCUUAUGAACUGUAAUUCUUCAUAGCGAAACAAAUGUGCCCAAACAUUGGUGAUGCUGUUUAUGAGUAAAAGGUGAAAUUUUAUAUUUAAUUUAUCAUGAUGCAGUGCUUGAUAGUUAAGUUGUAGCAUUCAUGUAUGUAUGUUAGGUGUGUAAACAUGAUAUUGUUCAAUCCAGUGUGCAUAACAUGCCAUAGGAAUCUUUUAGUUUUAAUAAA